UGGCACUCGUGUGACCUCCGUGACCAGAUGCUUCCCUGCCCACGUCCGGCCUCGGCCGCCUGCUUCCUCUCAGGGCGGAGGCCGCCCAGCGAAGGCUGUAAUUUCCCAACUCUAAUGCGUGACGAGGCCUCGCUUACGGGAUGUGAUGAAAUUGCCUCUGGAGGCCGGCACUGGGGAGUCACAGCCACGGCUUCCCCCGCAGGGACCGCCAGGUGGGACAACCGGAGAGAGGGCACGGGAGUCCCCUGUGUGGAGUGGGGGAGCAGCCGGCCUGUGGCUGGCAGUCCUGGCCCCGUGGCCGGGCCACGACAGGACCCUCUGGUCGUGUGCUCCAUGGAGCUGCCGUCUCUGGCCUCGGGCACAUCCGCUCCCUGCUCUGACCACUGGCCUCAGGCCUCCUCUUCCUCCGACGAGGACCCGCCGUGGGUGGCCUCACCGGUGGCGCACGUGGCCUCACUGACGGUGGGGGUGGAGUCAGUGCUGAGUGCGGGGCGGUCGGGGGGCCCCGGCCUGGAACAGAAGAGACGCGGCCGCGCCCCCAGGGGGAAGGAAGGCCCACCUUUCACGUGACCAUCUGACGCCCGCCUGGGUGAGGGAGCAGCGAGACCGUGAGGGGGGCUCCUGCCUGGGAGGCGGCCCCUCCGAGGGACAGGCCCGGGUCAGAGCAUCGCCUGGGCCCGCAGAACUCUCCUUCUGGAAAGACGCGAAGGCGUCCCGGCCGCUCGCCUCCCACAGGGCCUCUAGGGCGCGGCUGGCAUCUGCGUGCCCAGAGGGUGCUGGCGGGGAGGGCCACAGCAGACCCGGCCGGGCGGCCGCACGGGACACAGAGGCGCACAGCUGCCCCCGUCCCUCGGCCUGCAGAGGUAUUUGGGGCUGGCCAUUCGAGAAGCCAGCUUUCUCUCAUUCCCAGGACGACACAGAGGGGCCCCAGCCCUGGACUCCACGGCUGACCACCGGCCCCCACUUGUGUCCGGGGCGUGGGGAGCCCUGAUUUCUGGACCCUCCUCGAGGGUGGCAGUCAGGGGGUCUAAGCGGCCAGCAUCGGCCCUCGGUGAGCGGGCUACGGCCGAGGGAGCCCGUGGUCAUGAGAGGCGUCACGAGAGCCCCCGCGGGGCCUGCUUGCCGGGCUUCCCCACAAGCCCCUCGACCACCUGACCUCGCUCUUGGGUGGGGACAGGGCUGUGAUCAGGGGCAGGCUCCGGGCUCAGGUCCUAGCGUGGCUCGUAAGCGGCAACUACGAAGUCACGGGGAGCUGGGGCUGCAGGAGAGGGAGAGCCUGAGCAGGACGGCUGGAGGUGAGGAUGAGCCGGGCCAGAAAGUCCCCCGGACGGCGCCCCUCCCGGCUGCAAACCUCCCCUUCCUCUGGGCAACGUGCCGUGCACGAGCCUGCAGUGACCUCUGAGGGACCCCGCCUCUGAGACCCGAGGUCGGAUCACAUAAAGUCAGGUCUGCAGAAAACCCAGGCUGCGGAAGAGGCCCCCUCACUCCCCGGCCGGCUCACCAGAGCUUUGAGUCCACGGGCCGUCACCGGGGUGCCUGCUCUGUGCCGACUGGCUGCGCCCGCACUGGCCCGUCUGUGACUCGAACACCUGCAAGGUCUCUGGCGGUCUUCACGGGCGCAGCACCGGCCCCUCGGGAUGUUCACGGACCGCGUUCCGGCCGGGGCGCAGGUGUGGAGCUUGGCGUCACGGCUGGACACGCGGGUCGCAGAGAGACCUAAUUUUAGAUUCGUUUUGUCAUUUUUCCAGGGUUCAUUCACUGGGACCUGGAAGGUUAGGAGCCAGGAAUUAGGGAAUGCUGCUUUUUUUUUUUUAAUGUUUAUUAUUUUUGAGGGGGGGGGAGAGGCAGAGAGCGAGGAGGGACACAGACUCCGAAGCAGGCUCCAGGCUCCGAGCUGUCAACGCAGAGCCCGACGUGGGGCUCGAACCCACGGACCGCGAGAUCGUGACCUGAGCGGAAGGUGGACGCUUAACCGACCGAGCCACCCAGGCGCCCUGUGGGAAUGCUGCUUUUUAGAGUGUGUGUCUGUCCAGCCACUUGGGAAGCACAGAGACAUCCCCAAGUGGAAAAGGCCAGGGGCCACUUUGGGAAACUGCACCCGACUUCUUCCCGCACAUAUUUACCCGAAACAGGAGACGCACGUCCGCAGAAGGCACCUGUUCACGGCAGUCAAGGGCUACGAUUUUUACAGAUCUAUUGGUAUCUGCUGCACCGUGGGGUUUUUUUUCUCGAUGUGACUCGAAAGGAGCCAGACAGGAGCACCCAGGUGGCUCAGUCGGUUAAGCGUCCGACUUCGGCUCAGGUCAUGAUCUCAACGGUUCAUGGGUUCAAGCCCCGCGUCGGGCUCUGUGCCGACAGCUCGGAGCCUGGAGCUGCUUCCGAUUCUGUGUCUCCCUCCCUCUCUCUCUGCCCCUCCCCCACUCACCCUGUGUGUCUCUCUCAAAAGUAAAUUUUUUUUUUUUAAUUAAGAAGUGAAAAAGAAAUAAAAAAAAAAAAAGAAAGGAGCCAGACAGGAAAGCGCGUGCAGAGUGGCGCUCCAUUUAUGUAAAAUUCUGGAACAUUCUGGAACAGACAAACUCACUGUGUUGAUCAAGCUCAGGCCAGAGGCAGCCUGUGCAGGGGUAGGGGAUCUGGGAAUGGACCAGAGAACUUUCUGGAAUAUGAACAUGUCUCUUCUCUUCCCUCCGAGCCUUCUGUUCAAGUCAAACAUGAUUUUUCAUCCCCGUGUCUCCAGGCUCCGUUUUGGGUCAUGUGGUUCCCGUUCCCUGGAAACCCUCCUUAGCAAAUCUCCACCCCCGGGAGCUAAUUGACACGCCACCUUCUCCGGGAAGCCCUCCCUGCUGCACCCCUCGCUAGCGGCCGCUACCCUGCCCUUCUAGUCCUGAUCCUACAGCUUUUCCGCUGUCGUUCCUUUGACGUGAUCACCUGAGUUUUUCAUUAACGGUCAUCCUGUCCCUGCUUCGAUUCCCUUGCUAUGUUGUGACCUUGAUGGCAGCCGCGUCUGUGUGGGUCCCGGCCACCCCGACCCCAGCAAGAGGCCCGGAGUAGGCGCUCGAUUCGGACACGGGGCAACGAAGGAGCGGAGCGAACGAAGUGUGAAAGUCCUCUUUGUUCAUGUCAGGCUCUGCACUGAAUUGUGCUGACUCCUGUCACUUUUCCGCCACGCAAGAUGCAAGCCAUGCCGACGUUUUCCGGAGCACUCUCGGGGGGCCCCCGCGGGGGGGGGGGGGGGCUGGGCUGCCAGCUUCUCACCCGGUAAUUAAAUGACACAGCACAAACCUGUAGAAACACAGCCUUCCCACGGUCACCGCAUUGAAUCGGACCCGAAAGCUCACAAGACCUUCAGAACCUUUGUUCUAAAGGGUUUCGUGGCCACGGACGGGGAAACUGAGGCUGGGAGCAGGACAGCGGUGCGUUCAAGGAAGGGGGAGCUCCUGAUCUGUCAUGUUUCCGUCGGGGGGGGGGGAGCGAGCUUCCCCCCCACCCUCAGGACGACAUACAGCUGGAGGGACAUUUCUCUCCAGCCUCUUCCUCCCAGAAGAGGGAGAACCUCAGCUUGUGUCUGUUCUCACCCGCACCCUCAAUGGGGGCAGGAGGCGACGCCGUGGAUAGCCAGCCCGCCUGCCACCCACCCCCACAAGCCCCCACACGCGACAGAGGACCUCCAGAUACGGGGCUGGUAAGCACUGGAGAGCCUGCCCCCCUCCCCCGUCCCACCGGGACCACCGGACACGCCGGCAAAGUCAGGGACGGACGUGGGCUGGCUGAAGACGCCCAGUCCCGGCUUUCUCAGAUCCGGGCGGGAUUCUGUGCCAGUGAGCGUGAACAACCCGGAUGGCUUGUCCUGGGGUUGGGACGCUCGGGGCUCAAACGGGCACAGUCUCAGGAAAGCCCGGGUGGUCUGUCACCCUAACUUCUAGCUCAGCAUCCACAGAGCUGGGCGGCCGGGGGGGCCUUUGCUACCAGAGUCCUGCCAGGUUCUCUCCAGGUUUUAUUGGGUUUAAAAAUGACACCAUUUGCAAAAUGCUGGUCGUCUGUGUGAGCGACACACGCAUGCCGGGAUAUGGAGAUGACGGCUGGAGCGUCGCCUCGAGUGUCGCGGGUGAGAGAACACGGGUGUGCAGAGGAUUGGCCGUGACCCUGAGCGGGCGAGAGACCCCGCCACGACGGUCUGCAGACUGUGGUGUCCCCGCCAGCAACAGUAACGAGCCGUGGACGCGACCUGCCGCCUCCCUCCCUCCCUGGCUCCUGGCGGGAAGGGGUGGAUCUUCCCAGGGCCUCCCAGAGGCAGGCGCUGACGAUGCAGGUGUCCUGGCCGCUGGUCCCGCGUGGCCACUGCCAUGGCCCAGGCUCACAAGAGGCUUCCGGAACCUUGCACGCCGCAGGGAGAGGUCGGAAAGGACACUGGGUUAUAGAGCCCAAGCUUGGGUCUUAGCAUCAGCUCCCCGGACCUCGUCCCCCCCCCCCCCACGCCCCUCGGAUCCGGCGUGCCGAGGUCACCGUGUUCCCGCCUACCCUGUGGUGACCGUGACAGGCGGGGACGGGCCACGGACGCUGGAGCCACGGGGCGAAAUGACAUCGAGAGACGGGGUCUUUGCGCCAUUUCCAAGCAUCAUCCCACUGCUACUGUGUUGUCCUUCUGAUAAUGUGAAACGUGUAGAAGUUGUUUCUAUUUCGCGGUCAUGGUUACCGUGGGAACCGCCGUCCACGCACCGCGCCGGCCGCUGGUCCUCCAGCCGCUCUUCUCCGGCGUCCAGGUGGCGCCCGACCUCAUGCAGCCCCGCCCGACGGCGCCCGGCCACCGAGGCCAACACGGGACAUCAGGACACCUGGCAGCAGCCACACACGCAUGCCCCACGUGGCACACCGUGGACUCUCGAGUGGCAGGGCUGGGUGGGUAACGUCCGGUGGGUCCUCUCCCCAGACAGAAUGUCCUGGAAGGCACUCGAGUCCGCCCGGGACGCCGUGGCAGAGCCCUCGGGCCGGGGCUCGGACCACAGACACUUUCCCACGUUGCGGAGGCCAGAGGCCCGAGAUCAGGGAGGCUGCGGGUCCGGUUCCUCCUGAGGCCUCCUCCCUGUGUGCCGUGUUCCCGUCCGUCCAUCCGUCUGUGUCCUCGUUCCCUCUCCCUGUGAGGACAUCAGCCACGGGCUAGGGCUCAUCCGUAUGACCUCUCUGAGCCCAUUACGUAAGGAGAGGGCCUGUCUCCAAACACGGUCCUCCUCUGCUGGGACCAGCCCCUCCGGACUCCGGGGACGCGGACACUGCUUCUCCCACUGCCGCCCCCCUGAGCUGAAGGCUCCACGUGCUCGAUGAUGCGUCCUUCUGUCUGUCCUCCUUUCCUGCUUCCUGGGACCAAAGGCCCCCGUACAUCAUGUCCCAUAGGCCUGUGUUUCCUGUGCUUCCGGCAAAGACCACAUUUCUACCUAAAGUUGUCACCUGGGGGCACCUGGGGGUCUCCACCUGAGCAGUGACUGUGAGCUGCUCCUCCUCCCCUCCCCCACCUCGUCUCGCAGCCCCGUCCCCGUCCCACCACCGUAUGGCUGCUGACACUUGUAGCCACAGCGUGUGGCCCGCCUUGGAGGUGAGGAGACCUGCUUGCUCCCCCGUCCCCCCGCUACGCUCCCUGCCCCGUGGAGAGGAUCUGAGCUCCGGAUCAAUCCCGCGUGGCUGUCGCCUGUGACACCUGCUGUAUGCACGGCGGCCACGGUUCUCCCAUGCUUCAGGCUCGGCCGCCAGAAGAAUAGAAAUGUGGCUUCCCCGUCCACUUUGGCGUGGCCACUCUCACAAGCCUCCUGCCUCCAGUCGAACCCGUGGAACUCACACUCAAUCUCGGAGUUACUAUCAUGUAAACAGAGUCGUCUCCUGCCCGUGUCUGCGGUGACAGCUUAGCAGGGAAAAAAACCCUUCCCCGGUGACGCUGGGGACGCACGUGACAUCAGCAGACGUCCUGCAGCGUGACUGCCCCCACCCCCCCACCGUGGACGGCAUGACCUCCCCUCCCCCACUGCUCACGGGCUCGCUCUGGGCCAUCGGGUGUGAGCAGGAGAGCUGCGGGCCGCUGCGUGUCCCCCGUUCUCUCGCUCCUGCAUCCCUCCCGCGGGAGGGGGACGGAGCACGUGGACGAGGCCCCCACAAGCCCAGAGCUGCACAGCCAAACAUCACCGUGGAAGCUCCAGAGGUCUGGUCAUCUCGGGAGGACAAAUGGCCUGGGCCCGUGGGGUUCUGUAAGCACGGAGCUGAUUUUCUCCUUUAGCGGAGAUUUGGCACUUUGGGCCUGAAUUCCCUCCAGGUAACUUUUCUUUCAUCUGUAACGAGUGCGUUCCUCUAACGCGCCUUUCCAAGCCUUUGUUUUAGGCAAGUUUUCCUCUGUGGACGUUGACGGUGUUUUCAUUAUUAAACAUCUCUGAAGAAACAAAUAAAGAGCAAACAACGAGAAAAUCAGCUGUGUCAUAAUAAAAGGCCUAUCUCCUUGCGUGUUUUUACCUACAAUUUGCAAAGGUCUCUAUUUGAUCCUUUUUUCCCUUUCUGUGCUAUGCUUUUUCUCUAAGCCUCUCAAAUAUUUCUCUCCCAUUUUAUUCUAUUUGAGUUUCUGCAAAAAAAAAAAAAAAAAAAAAAAAAAAAGUCCUCCACGUCUACUUUUUGGCAGUUUCUGCCUUUAUUGCCGAUUCUGAUUUGACGUUCGUCCAUAAUGAUAAACAUAACGAUCCGGGUAAAGCUACAGUUACGAAUUUCCCGGGAACUGUUGUAAGUGCUUCUACAGACGUUUAUUAUGGGAUCCUCAGCCUCACGUCUCUUGUAUGACGUGGGC